CGCGAAUGCGGGAUAUUUGGCGCGAAUGAAAUGCGAAAGCCGUGAUGUUUCUUGAGCUAUUUGGUUUCUUGACUUUGGGAAUUUUUAAAAUAGUCAGUUGCAAAUAUGACUGCAGAAUGGUCAGCGUUGAACUCCAUUGUACCGGACUCGAAUCGACAACCAUAUCUGAGGAAAUUAUAGCGAGAGUUACGAAGACUACCGUGUCUUCGCUAAACAUAACUGACAGUUUCCUCCCGGCAAUAUCCCAAUCGGCGUUCGACGGUUUCCAAGGAGUCGGAUCUAUCCAUAUAACCAGCUCGCACGUCUCUCAAAUCGAAAACGCAACUUUCGAAGAGUUUGACAGUCUAACCUCUUUAAAUCUGAGCGACAACUUCUUAAGAGACUUUAACGUGGACGCGUUUCCGGCCAAGAACGCCCUACUCUCUCUAGAUCUUUCUAAUAACGUGUUAAGGGACUUUUCGAAUUUUAACGUUAGCCGUUUUCCGAGAAUUUCGGUGCUCAAUCUCGAGAACAACUUGCUAGAUCGUUUGCCAUUGAGCAUACUCGAUAAGCUACAGGUGGAAAAUGAGUUCUUUCUUCUGGUCGAUAACAACCCGUGGAAUUGCGAACACGAGGACUGGGUUGACUAUCUAAAUGAAAACAUGACAAAAGCGUUUUGUGGGAACACGAAAACGUAUAUUCCGAAGCUCAGGAUAGAACGGCAGCAAAAUGAGGCUACCCAAACCAAUGAAUCUCAAGCCGAGGACGAGUUCAAGCCUGAUAGAGGCAAUAAACCGAACUGUGCUAAAUGUAGUUUUUAUUUUUGUAUUCUGUGGUUAGUCGGGGGUGUGUGGUUGGGUAUUAUCGUUGGCAACGUCGGCAAAAUUAAGAAUCUAUUGUGCGGUAGAGGACGCAGUCAGAGGUCAAGUAAUGCGGCGGUCCAGUGUGAUCAUUGCCAAAUGGAAUUUCGCCACCUCCAUCCUCCGUCUCCAGCGUCGUCGAGAAAGAACGUAGGCGAGAAAUCCUGAAGGUAAAUGAAACAUCGCAUUCCAUUAAGACAAAAGGAACGCUUACGACGCAAUCGCUGAAACUGCUGCUCUCUUUGUAAACUUAAGUUACAUUUGUAUCUUUUUUCAAUAAACUAUAAGGUUUAAUCGCAAUAAUAAGGGUGUAACUUAAUUACUCUAGUUAUCGAAUAUGUGUUGAAAGGGGCCAAAUAAAAAACCAAUUUAUUUUUUUACAUAAUGGGAAUGAAACAUUUCAAUAUUUUUUUCUCGUUUUUUACAAAAUUUUGAAUUUAUAUUAUGGUACUACUUGCAAUCAAUUAAUAUUAAAAGUUAGGUUCGUGAUUUGCCACAGUUCGAAAUUCGGCAAGGCAAGGUUGUCGACUAAGUAGAGUUCUCCAAAAAAUAUACCGUUUUUUCAACCUUUUAUGGUUUUGACUUCGGAAUGAUUUUAAGACCCGCCUGUUGUAAACCAGAAGGGACCAUGCUUUUCAGCUCGUGUACCGCAAGUCAGGGCCGUAUUUAAGAUAUUAGCCGACAAGUGUGCCGUGCGGAUUGUUGUAUUUUAAGAGCAGGGAAAUUUUCUUUGAUUAAACUGUUAUAUUAAUUCAUAAUAGUGUGCUUUUUAUAAAUCUUCGUAAAACAGAGAGAUUGAUCUCCUAUAUUAAAAACACAUUAGACAACUUAAACUGAUUUCUAAUUUAAGAUUUAACAUAACGACUGUAAAAUAUUUUCCUAGGAAAGCCAUUUCACUGCAAUUUUAAUCCGAUAGAGUUGGUAUGGGGACAGCUGAAACCCAGUUUAAUAGGAAACCACACGUCGCCGAUAUUUAGUUCUGGGGCAAUAGAAUUAAUUAAAAAUUUCUGCAACUAGUUGAAAAAAAUGUGUAGAACAUGUCAUCGAAGAAGAAGACAGAAGUCGACUAUGCCAGAAAUAAUUAUUAAUGUAGGGGACGAGUCCAGUGACGAUAAGGAUUAUUUUGAU